AUGGCAGCCGGCAGUGCGGCACAGCAAGUGGCGGGCGCAAAGUUUGGACCCAAUGUCUACGAGUGCCUCACAAAGCUGGGACUGACCAAGUUCCAACAAAUCAUUGAUGCUGCGGGCAUGAAGCCCUUCUUUUCCACGACGUAUCAGAGCAACACCCUGUUUGCUGCCACCAAUGCCGCCGUGGACAGGUUUUACGCCGCGCUGCAGAUGACAGAGGCUGAGGCUCUGGCAGACAGAGCGCUGAUGAAAAAGGUGCUGCAGUACAACACGGCCCCGUACGUGCGGCGCACAAGCUACUGGCCUACCUACCAGAAUGGGUUCAAGAAGCAGAAGACUCUGAUUCCGGCCAUGAUGCUCAAGCUGUGGUCCACCAGGACAGAGCGCAAGGCUGUCCAAGGCUUUGCCCAGACGGCGGCGCUGAUUGGCAAGCCCAACACGUACGACCUCACCUGCGCCAAGAGCGUGGUGCACGUCACAAACACGGUGCUGGUCCCCAUUGUGAUGGGAUCGUGA